AUGACUAGGAAGAAGGUAAAACUUGCUUUUAUCUCUAAUGAUUCGGCAAGAAAGGCAACCUACAAUAAAAGAGAAAAGGCAUGUGCUAUAAUUUCCAAUCCUUUUAGUUCCAAAACAGAAGUGUGGCCAGAUCUAGAGAGGGCCAGACAGGUGAUUGAGAGGUACCAGAACUCAUCAGUGAAAGAUGAAACAAAGAAUGUGAACCAAGAGAGUUUCCUAUUGCAGAGGAUUACUAAAGCCAGAGAGCAACUUCAAAAGCAAAGUCAUGACAGUCGUGAGAAGGAGAUGAACAAUCUUAUGAUUGGGUACAUGAAAAAUAGAAAGCUACCAGAUGAAUUGUGUGUUUCUGAAUUGAAAGAAUUUAAUAAGCUUAUUGAGAAAAUUCCGAAGAACAUGGAUAAUAAGAUUGAUGCACUCGGUUGA